AAUGAAUGUAUUAUAAAAUGUCUGCGAAAUAACGUUUGAGCUUCAUUUGACUGGGAACUAUGAAGGUUACAACUUUAGUAUUUUCAAUUGCGGCCAUUCUGGCAAUAAGCGAGACACAAGCAGCUAACUAUUGUGACCCAUCGCUGUGCUCCAGAGGAGUCUCCCACAUAGCAUGCAAUGGAUUGACAACUCUUGGCAGCACUUGCGGUGCUGGUUCCUUCGAGGUUGGAAUGGACAAUAGCUACCAACAGUUGAUCGUGGACUUGCACAACAAACUACGUAGCAAAGUUGCCAUGGGACAGCAGUCCAACGGUGCCAGUCAGCGCUUCAAACAAGCCGCCAGGAUGGCUACUCUGCAAUGGGAUCCGGAACUGGCCUAUAUCGCUGCCACAAAUGCCAGACGUUGCGUGUACGGUCACGACCGGUGUCGCAAUACGGCCACUAUGAAAUACGCUGGACAGAACAUUGCCAUCAAGUCGUACUACGGAAUGAAGUUCAGUAAUGAACAGCUGCUAACGGAAUUCAUCAAUAGCUGGUUCAGCGAGUAUACGGUUACCACGCCGCAGCAGAUCGCAUCAUACCCUGCCAGCUAUAGAGGCCCUGCCAUUGGACACUUCACGCAAAUUGUAUCCGAUCGUACCAGCAGGAUAGGAUGUGCCAUGGUGAGCUAUAAAAGAGGCAGCUUUAUCAACAAGUUGUUCGUGUGCAACUAUGGACUCACAAAUAUCGUCAAUCAACCGGUUUAUGUGGCUGGCAAUGUGUGUUCUGGAUGCAGAUCCGGAUGCAAUGCGAAAUAUCCCGGAUUGUGCAAUACGGCGGAGAUCGUCAGAAACAAUCCAUGAAAACUAAGCAUUGUUGACGAGCUACAUGGAAUUCAUUUACCGAAAAAUUGAAAAUAAAGUUAAAAUAAUUAUGAA